AAACGGCUUCAUCAACGGUUGUCUUCAGUAGGCAACAGUUUAAUUUUUCUAUCAGCGGUUGUCUUUGAUAUGAUUCAAGAUGCAUGCUAAAGUACUGCUUAUAGUUGUAAUUUUAAAAGGACUUGCACAAGGUGAAGAAGAAUGUAUUGCGGGGCUGAUAAAGGGCCUAUGUGACUGCAAUAAAUACGAUAUGUGUGUGGACGGGCACUGGGUGGAGCAGACGGUACAAAAUAAGUACGCCGACAUUUGUGAAAACUGUACGGAAGAAAACACUCGCAACGGGUGCUCCGCUAGUCAGAGUGAAGUGGUGUGCGCGACCAGCAACUCUAUUCAAAACCACACAUCACCAAACAGCGAAGAAUCGACAGGUUCAACGACAUUCGCCUCAAUAUCAGAAGACACAACAGCAACCACCGACGUUCAAAUGUGUCCAUGCCCAUGCGAACUUGAAGACCAGAUUGCCUUCUGGGAAAAUUCAUCCACCCGAGGAGAUGUUGAAAAAAUGCUUGUGUCUAAACUAAACCAACUUAAAAAUGAAUUAACAAUCAACGUCAGUGAGCUAACCGCGAGCAAAAUCAAGAAGACAUGCGCCCCGGACGACCGGGUGUCGGCCUCAGUGACCGGAUAUGUGGGUCUGGUCUUCAUGGUGGUGGUCCUAGGGGCUGUCGUCAUCCUUGACAUGCCUACCUUAAUCCUGCAACUCCGCGGGCUCCUCAGAAGACUCAAGUGUAAACACUGAGUCGUCGUGCAGUUCUAUUCUAUCUUUUAACAAAUUAGUGAAUUGGUCGUAAAGAGUAAGAUCGAUCAAGUAACUAUAUAAUAACUCAAAGGUUUAUAGGGGAGCGGAGUGUAACAAAACCCCUUGACUAACAAAGAAUUGUUCCUUUCAAAGUCUGGUUGU